AUGGGUUUGUGGGACGCAUUCUCCGAAAUUGUCGAGUCCGUGACUCCAUGGAGCACCGUCGAGGCUGAGGCUCCUGCCCAGGAACAGGAGGAGGCUCCCGAGGACGACUCUAAGGACGACGAGGAAGAGGAAGAGGAAGAGGAGGAAGAGGAGGAGGAAGAAGAGGAGACCGUCGACCCCAAGGAGCAAAUCGAGGAAGAGUGCAAGAACGCCCCCCAAUGUGCUUCCGCCAAGCACCACUUCGACCACUGCGUCGAGCGAGUCCAGCAACAGGAGGAGGAUGGUGGAGCCAAGGAGGACUGCGUCGAGGAGUUCUUCCACCUCGCCCACUGCGCCACUGACUGCGCUGCCCCCAAGGUGUGGGCUCGCCUCAAGUAA